UUUUUUUACUACUUAAAGUAACACCAACGCUCAAAACCCCCAUCUCAACCGUUCUUACCUUUUCUUCUCUUCAAUAUCUUGUUUUCAAUUUAUUAUUAAACCUUAUCUACACUUUAUAGAAAAAUCAUUUUUUUCUUUCUUUUCCUUUUUCAACCAUGACCAUUGAUCCUCGCAAUACUUCCCGCCUCGAAUGGCUCGAGUCCCUGGACAUCAAUAGCGAGCCCAGCCACAUCCGCAAGAGCUCAAUCAUCUGCACGCUGGGCCCGAAGACCCAGUCCGUCGAGAUGAUCACGGAGCUGCGCAAGGUUGGUAUGAACGUCGCGCGGAUGAACUUCUCUCACGGCUCGCACGAGUUCCACGGCAAGACCAUUGCCAACGUGCGCCGCUCCGAGGAGGUAUUCAAGGGCCGCCCGGUUGCCAUCGCCCUGGACACCAAGGGCCCUGAGAUCCGCACGGGUAACACCAAGGACGGCAAGGAUAUUCCAUUCAAGGUUGGCCACGAGAUGAUCUUCUCCAUGGAUCCCAAGGAUGCUAGCGAGGGAUCGCUGGAGCGCCUGUACCUGGACUACCACAAUUUGCCGCAGGUCGUUGCCCCCGGCCGCACCAUCUACAUGGACGACGGAAUCAUGGCCUUUGAGGUACUCGAGGUGCUGGAGAAUGCCGUCAAGGUUGUCGCGCGCACCAACGGGUCCUUGUCCUCGCACAAGGGCGUGAACCUCCCUGGGUCUGAGGUCGACCUCCCGGCGCUUUCGGAAAAGGACAAGGCUGAUUUGACUUUUGGCGUCGAGCAGGGCGUCGAUAUUAUUUUUGCCUCGUUUAUUCGUACCGCCAAGGACGUCACGGAUAUCCGCGCUCACCUGGGCGAGGCCGGCAAGCAUAUCAAGAUUGUGGUCAAGAUCGAGUCCACCCAGGGCGUUGAGAACUUUGACGAGAUUCUGCGCGAAACCGACGGCGUCAUGAUUGCCCGUGGAGAUCUUGGAAUUGAGAUCCCCGCUGCCAAGGUGUUUAUUGCCCAGAAGAUGAUCACCGCCAAGUGCAAUAGCGCUGGAAAGCCGGUUAUCUGCGCCACGCAGAUGCUCGAGUCCAUGACUUACAACCCGCGGCCGACGCGCGCCGAAGUGUCGGAUGUGUCCAAUGCUAUUUUGGACGGUGCCGAUUGCGUUAUGCUGUCUGGAGAGACCGCCAAGGGAGAUUACCCGCUGCACGCCGUGCGCAUGAUGAGCGAGAUCUCGCUUCUGGCCGAGUCCGCCAUCGCCUACCCUCCGCUCUUCAACGAGAUUCGCGCAGUGACUAAGCUUCCUGUUGGGAUCACCGAGGCUACCUGCUCUUCAGCCGUCAAUGCUGCGCUGGAGCAAGAUGCCAAGGCGAUUAUCUGCAUUACCACCACUGGUACCUCCGCCCGCCUGCUGUCCAAGUACCGCCCGUCUAUUCCGAUUCUCGUCGUUACUCGUGAUUACCACACCGCGCGCCAUGUGCAUUUGUCCCGCGGCUGCUAUCCUUUCCACUACCAGAAGCCCAAGCCUGGAAAGGCCGCUUCGGAGUCGGAGGCCCGUGACCAGUGGCAGAAUGAUGUCGAUGAGCGUAUUCAGUUCGCCAUCGCUAAUGCUUUGGAUGCUGGUUUGCUCAAGAAGGACGAUGUUGUUAUUUCCAUCCAGGGAUGGCGUGGAGGUGUCGGAAACACAAACACCAUCCGCAUUUUGCGCGCCGAUGUUCAAUCGGAAGCCCUAUGGAUGAACAGCAAUACGAACAGUCGCACAGGAUCUCCUAUUGGAACUCCGGAACUGCGCCCCGCAGCUAUGCUUGCCCGCGCCACUAAACAUAAUCUUAGCCCAGAUACACUGAGACUCACAGAGUCCAGUUUUAAGAAAAGAUGAAUAGGAAGGGUGGGGGUUUUUUUUGCAUUUUUGCAUUUUUCUUAUUCUUAUUCUUUUUCUAUUUAAUUUAUUAAGUAUUGAUUCCACACAUUUCGUAAAUAAAAAACAUGGCCGUU